AUGAAUCUGGAAAUUGAUAUCAAAUCGCUCAAAGAUCGAGAGAGGGACAAAGUUCUGGAGGUCCUUCAACGUGAUGAAAUGUUACGAAAAGUGGAAGAAGAACGGAUAAGAAAGUUGAAAUCGGAAUAUCAAGAGACGCGGCGGAAAGGAGCAAAAAGCUGCGGCCGGGAAUACAGCAGCUAUUCCUGUGCUCGGUGCCAGGCUGCCCUGGGACUCCUGUUUAACAAGGGUGUUGAGUGCAGUGUCUGCAGUCACCGAGUGUGCGAUGGAUGCUGCGCCCGCAACUCCAAUAAAGUGGCCCGCUGCAUCGUGUGCCAUGCUCAUGGGCUGGUGAAGGUGAAGUCUGGAGAGUGGUUUAUCGAGGAGAGAGCAAAGAAGUUUCGCCUGGAGCAAGGUGAGCACAAAACAAUAAGCGAGAAGCUUCUGCAGACUUUCCGAACACUGAGUAUUGCUGUGGUACCCCCUACUCCUCCACCUACGGGAUGUCAGCUGGAGGCCAAGCAUUCGAAAGGGUUCACUGGAUCGAUGGAGAAUGUCUUCUGGUUGUUUACAGACCGCAUCAGACAUAUCUCCAAAUCUCACGAAGAUGUGGUGAAGAAAACCCACUUACUAUCAGCCGGUUACGUUCCCAGCGACAAUGAGCUGAAGAAAGAGAAGAGUAAGUCGGAUACGGCCCUGACCAGCGUGAGCAAGGAAAGUAGCGGCAGCAUCAGCAGCAUCUGCACAGUGUCAGAGACGGUGGACAAGGCUAAUGUUACUGGUGAAAUCGAGUUGUCCAUCCGGUACAACUUUAAGGCCCUGGCGCUGGAGAUACUCAUCAAAGCAUGCAAAAACCUAGCCCCCGGAGAUGGGAAGAAGAGAAACCCGUAUGUGAAGACCUACUUGCUUCCUGACAAAUCUUCUCACAGUAAGUUGAAGAGCUCGGUGAAGAGGAACACAGUGGAUCCAGUUUUUAAUGAAACAUUACAGUACACCAUUGGCCGGCGGCAGGUGGAGACGAGGACACUCCACGUCUCCGUGUGGUACAGCACGACAUUCAAACGGCAGCUGUGUGUGGGCCAGGUGCACGUCCCCUUCGACAGCUGGAGGUUCGAAGACAGUUCCACGCAGUCGUUCCAGUGGUACCAGCUCCAAGGGACGGUGACGACAGCCCCUGGCCCUGGGUCCAUCUGAGAGGCCGGCAAUGCUUCAUGCACCAAACAACCUACACAUCACAAUGCUGUUGGUAAUGUUUGAUAAUGGAACAUCAUAGAGUGAAACAGCAUGGAAACAGCCCCUUCAGCCCAACUUGCCCACACCGACCAAUGUGGCCCAUCUACACUCGUCCUACAUACCUGCGUUUGGUCCAUAUUCCUCUAAACCUGUCCUAUCCAUGUACCUGUCUAAAUGUUUCUUAAACAUUGUGAUAGUCCCUGCCUCAACUACCUCCUCUGGCAGCUUGUUCCAUACACCCAACACCCUUUGUGUGAAAAAGUUACUCCUAUUAAAUCUUUUUCCCUUCAUCUUAAACCUAUGUCCUCUGGUUCUCGAUUCCCCUACUCUGGGCAAGAGACUCUGUGCAUCUACCCAUUCUAUUCCUCUCAUGAUUUGAAACACCUCUAUAAGAUCACCCCUCAUCCUCCUGCGCUCCAGGGAAUAGAGACCCAGCCUGCUGAACCUCUCUCUGCACCUCAGACCGUCGAGUCCUGGCAGCAUCCUCAUAAAUCUUCUCUGUACCCUUUCCAACUUGACAACAUUGAUGAUGAAUGGCUUCAGGUUCCAGGACUGGAAAUCAAAACCUCUCUACUAAUCAAUGCCCUUCACUUCAAAGCUCAGAAACUCGGAAGAAAACUCCACCGAGAAUAAAUGGGUUGGGGGCCUGUGACUAGUGAUGUGCCCAAGUUUAGAGGGACAAAAUUUAAAGAAGCUGUGCGGGGCGUUUUUAUUUACUCGGAGAGCGGUGGGUGCCUGGAAAGGGCUAAUGGGAAUGUUGGUGGAGGCUGGCACGAUAGCAGCGUUUAAGAGACUUUUAGAUGGGUACGUGAAUGUGCAAGGAAUGGAGGGAUAUGGAUCACGAGGGGAUUAGUUUCUCUUUGUAUCAUGCUUAGCUUGUGCGCUGUACAGUAAAGUGACUCACUCCACUCCCCUCACCCCUGGGCCUGGAUCCCACUGAAGGACAGACAAUGCUCGUCCCCCCUGCGGCCGAACGCCAGACCCGGCGGGCCGUGGCCUGUGGGGGGAGCCACUGAGCCGCCCCUGCUCAUCUCCCGGAGACAAGAUAGGGUGGAGCUGGUGACGACAAUGGACCCGAGUGUAGAGGAGAGGAGAGGACUUGAAAUUGGCGCCAAAACCUGGUGCCUUUUGCAUGCGGGAUCAGUGGACUAUUUCUAUACGUGGCUAAUCAGUGAUUGUGCUUAGGUUUGGCAAUACUGGACUGGACUGAAUGUGAGAACAGAAUCUCACUGUGCAUUUACACAUGUGCAAUAAAAUCAUCAUUGCAUGAAGACCCCAUCGACCUGCAGUUCGCCAUGAUGCUGGUAACAAUUGAUGAUGUAUGACCGGAUUCCAGGACUGGAAAUCAAAACCUCUCUGUUAAUACGUUCAUUUGGGGUUAAGUUUUACCAAAGCAAAUUGCGUAAUAGAUUUUGUCAAAACUUUAUGCUGCUGAUUUUCAUCCACUUUCUAAAAUCAUGGAGAGAUUAUCAACUCUUCCCCCAAGGAAUCCAAAGCUCAGUGCGUAUAUACUGGAUUUUGGUUAUUACGGACGGGUCUACCGACCUUCACCACCAGGCCAGGCUGCCCACGCCACCCCUAGCCUGCACCGCCACCCCGGCUGCUGCCAACCCACACCCGCCACCACUGACCCUCACCCACGGGUUGGGCUGUGACCAAUGACUCCGCCGAUCCUCGUCAACGCACCUGGAUUCCAAGCCUGAUUCCCGACCGAUAGUCUGAAGAAGGGUCUUGAUGCGAAACGUCACCUAUCCAUGUUCUUCAGAGAUGCUGCCUGAUCCGCUGAGUUACUCCAGCACUUUGUGUCCUUUUGGAUAUUAACCAGCAUCUGCAGUUCUUUGUUUAAACUAACAAUACAAUGAAACUGUAAUGCCGUACUUGGUUAUAGCGGACAAUCGGCAACAACAAACACCAUUUCUUCCCCUAUGGUCAAUUACAAAGAGGGUUUACAGUAUGUAUGAAUCGACGUGAAGAAGGGUUCCAACCCAAAAUGUCGCCUGUGCAGAGUAUUGGUGCACUGUCAUCUCUGAUAAUAUCUAAUGCAGCACUGACUAUUAUUCAGUUCAGGGUGCGUUGUUUACGUUUUCUUUUCAUGACUUUUGUUGAUUACUCUUACUACUUAAUAAAUUUUACACUUGUGCCAUUUUGUAAACCUUGCCUCCAGGUCUCAUAAUGAUGUUAUAGUUGUAGAAUUAGGCCAUUCAGCUCAUCAUGUCCACCCCGCCAUUCAAUCACGGCUGAUCUAUCUUUCCCUCUCAACUCUAUUCUCCUGCCUUCUCCCCAUAACCCCCGAUACCCUUACUAAUCAAUAAUUUGUCAAUCUCCAUCUUAAAAAUAUCCAUUGACUUGGUUAAGAUGCCUAGUUGAGGAAGACUUGGCAAUUGCAAAAUAAAAGUAAAAUGCAGAAAAACAUAAUAUGGUGACAGACACGGUUGUGAGUUAUUGACUAUAACAUGUGGGAGUCUGGACCAGCACAGUAAACAUCUCCUCAUGAAAUCUCUGGCUCAGAGUCAUUGAGGCGAGGUGGCACAGUGGUGCAGUUGGUAGAAUCACGGCCUAAUAACACCACACACUCGGAUUCAAUCCAGAUUUUGGGUGCUGUCUGUGUGGGGAGUUUGCAUGCUCUUCCUGGGACCAAGUGGGGUUUCACCGAGUGCUCCGGUUUCCUCCCAAAGACGUGCAGGUUUGUAGGUGAAUCGGCCUCUGUAAAUUGCCGCUAGUUUGUCGGGAGUGGAUGAGAAGGUGGGAUAAGAUCUGAAUAGCGUGAUCAAUGCUGAAUAGCAUUGAUGGUCAACAUGGACUUUGUAGACUGAAGGACCCAUUUCCAUGCUGUAUCUUUCAAUCAACCUUUGAGUUGGAGACACUUAACACACAGAACAUGGAAGAGUACAGCACAGAAAAAUGAAGAGCAAGGGUUAGAGGGCCAAUGGAAUAUUUUGUAUUGUUGAAAAUUCUUCAUGGUUGUCUGUACGCCAACAUUACUUGGCCAACAAAUUCUAGAUGGAAUAAUAAGCACGGAAACGGACCCUUCGGCCCACAGAGUCUGUGCCGACCGGCAAACACCCCGUACAAUAGCACUAUCCUACAUACUAGGGACAACUUACAAUACAGAAGCCAAUUAACCUACAAAAUGUACGUCUUUGGAGAGUGCGCCACUGUGCUGCUGUUGAUCACAUUGUUGAUCACAUGCAAAAUGCAGCCUUCUGGGGCAUGAAGAGGUACACUGUGAUCUUUACAUUUCCAGAACAUACUGAUUGAUUUAAGAUGUAUUUUUGACACAAUAAUCUGCAGAAGCUGAUGUCCUGAGCAAAAACAAAACCCGCUGGAGGAACUCAAUGGCCAGGCAGCAUCUGUGGAGGGAAUGAACAGACACCGUUUGUGGUCAGGACUCUUUGACACGGAUCUCACGGGCUGAAGGGCCUGUUCCUGUGGUGUACUGUUCUAGAUAUUUGGUUGAAUGAGGUUCUGCUAUUCACUGUGGAGUUUUAACAUUACAUUGAGACAUUAUAGUGUAAUACAGAUCAGAAACUGUCUCUUUGGCCCACUCGGACCAUCUUUAAUGGGACUUUACCUUGCAUUACACAUUUAUCCUUUAUCCUAUAUCUGUACACUGUGGGUGGCUCAAUUGUAAUCAUGUGCAGUAUUUCCAAUAACAAGCUUUCUGCAACAAAUCGCUUUUCACUGUUCCCUCAGUACACUUGUUAAUAAACUAAACUCAUCCAUGCCGACCAAGGACCUGAGCUAGUGACACAUUCCUGCACCUGGCCCAUACCACCAAACCUUUCCCAUUCAUGUACCUGUCUAAAGUUCUUCUACCACAUCUUCUGGCAGUUCAUCCCAUGUACCCAUUACCCUUUGUGUGAAAACAUUGCAAUGAAAUGCAGUCCAGUGCAGGCUGGGGCAAGGGAGCUCUCAUCAAGGCCAUCAGGACCAUUCGGUGUGGUGCAGUGACAAUGUGGGUCAGCUCAUCAAUGUCCUUCUCUUCCAUCUCAGACACUCGGGAGAAAGCCCCAGCGAGAAUAAAUGGGUUGGGGGCCUGUGACCAAUGGGUACAGCUAGUUUUUGCCAAGGUUUAGAGAGGCAAAGUUUAAAAGAGGUGAGCAAGGCUAUUGUUUUUUACACACAGAAAGUGGUGUGGGCCUGGGACUCGCCACUGGGAUUGGAUGGUGGUGGAAGCACAAUACGAUAGUGGCAUUGAAGAGACUUGGAUAGACAUGUAGAUAUGCAGGGGAUGGAGGGAUAUGGAUUAUGUGCAGGCAGAUAAGAAUUAGUCUUGGCAUCAUGUUCGGUACAGACACUGUGGGCCAAAGGGCCUGUUCUUGUGUUGCACUGUUCAGUAGGAGAUUUAGCUCAGCUUGAGAUAGACACAAAGUGCUGGUAUAACUCAGCGGGUCAGGCAGCAUUCUGGAGAAAAUGGAUAGGUGAUGCUUUGAGUCAGGACCCUUCUUCAGACUUUGAAGUUGAGCACUACUUGAUUUCAAUGCACAAUGAAGUGCAAUGUGCCAAAGGUGCAACUUUUAU